AUGAUCGAACUAAAGUAUCUGUGUCUCGAUAUUGUGGCCACCAGGAGUGUAAUUUAUUUGGUCUGCGAUGAUGCAACACCGCCUAUUCAGUUGGUUUGUCAGUCGAAUGGUAGAUUCAAUGGGCCAUUUCCCAGAGCCGGCUGCAGAAACCCUUUAAAGCCCCUUGUUGAACAAGUAGCAGAUACCUCAUGUCCUAAAACCAUGUACCGCGUGGGUUACAGGAUACAGGAUUGGUUUAUGGAGCUCUAUCGAAGUUGUUACGAUAGCGUAAGUUACGCAGCGCAGUUCGCCGUCAACAAGGUUUACCCCAGCAGACAAUCCGCUCAGCGUCAGCCUAAAACGUUUACGUCCGAUGGAGCGAUGACCACAAGAGCCGCUGCUGCCUACAAAGUUUCCAGAAUCCAUGAACGAUUUGAUCAAGUUCUUGGUCAGAGGCAAAAAUAUGUGGUAACAUUAAUCAAUCCAUUCCAUCAUGGUCACCUCGCACCGAGCGGCGAUUAUUCGUUUGAUCAGCUCCAGAAGGCGACUAACAAGUUGAGAAACGUUGCUCCCCAGUAUUCCAACAUUAACAACGGCAACUGGAAGAGGAUCGAAUUCUGGGUGAAAAAAACUUCUGCUAGGCAUGGAUUCGAUGUCCUACAGGUCGUCACCGGGGCACUGGGAGUGCACAGCUUGACAAGUGACGCUGGUGUCAUGACCCCCAUGUACUUGUUGAACGGCGACAAGAUCCCCAUUCCAGAGUGGAUGUACAAAAUCGUUAGCCAUUCCUCCGGCCAAAAGUGGGUUUUACUAACCUACAACGACGGAUGGACUACUGAUAGACCGGACCCUGGAGCCAUAUGCCAGGAAAUCCCAUGUGACUCUGAUCUGAAACUCAGUGGUGCGGGAUUUACGUUCUGCUGCCAGCCCGAUAGGUUUAUUAACAAAAACGUUCCACAUUUAAAGGGUGUUUUCUAAAGAGAUCUUUGAAAUACGGUCAAUGAUAUAAUCAUACAAGUAAAGGAAACAAUAAAAAGCUUAAAGUAAUUGUAAUAUCUUUCCCAAUCAUUGUG